GCAGGCAGGGAGAUGACUUCCUUUGUAGCGGAACAAAGGGCUGGUGGCGGGAACCCCUUUGAUCAGAAAUUAGCGCUACUCAGAGCGGAAAUCCGUUCAUUUCAGCUCCAAUCAAUCUAGAUUGUUUUUUGAUGAAAGUAUGUACAGGAGAUGAGUGUUUUGUACACGCCUCGAAUGAAUGAGAUUGCUGUGCAAAAAUUCUAAUUGACAGGAUAUUAGUGACUGGGGACUGCUGACAACGAUUGUUGUCCUCUAAAUUUGCAAGUCUUGGCUGUCAUCUGCUUUCAAAUAGGAGGGUUGUGAAGGCAGAAAUGUCAGCAAUUUCAGUGUUAUGGACAGUUUUGUCUCUAGUUCUACUGUUCACUUGUACCUUGGCAUUAUUUUCUCCGUUUUGGCAUGAACACCUUCCUGAUCCUUUGUCAACAAACAACAGUGAGUCCUUUACAGCAUUUGGUCUUCUACGAUUCUGCUUCCAGGAGCAAUUUGUGACUUUACAAGAGAUAGAUGCUUGGAGAUCCUCAAAAUAUUGCUCUUUUUAUGAGAAUAUUUUCUCUGGAAUCCCUUCUAUUUACUGGAAGGGUGCUGCUAGUACCUAUGCACUUGCACUGGUUCUGUUGUUGGGUGCACUUUUCCUUGCACAUGUAGCAUGCUGCCAAAGAUUUAUUUGUGGAAAGUCUGUCUUUGCCAUUGCUGGAGUUAUGCAGAGCAUUGCAGUGGCUCUUUUGGUAGUCAGUCUGCUGGUGUACCCAUUUGGUUUCAAAUCCACUUAUGUUCAGCAGCACUGUGGUAGCUCAAGUGGUUUUUUUACAUCUGGGGCUUGUGACAUUGCCUGGGGUUAUGUACUAGCUAUUGUGAGCACAGCAUUGCUUUUUUUCUGUCCAAUGAUUGCCUACCAUCUCUCAGUGGCAAGACCAAGGUCAAAGGCAACCGUGGUAUAAACAGUUUCACAAUGGUCUUCUUUCAUAUUGAUGAAGAACUUCAGUAGAAAAAAAGACAAGAUCAAUUAAUUGCAAGCCCACUAGUAAAUUACUAAAAUGGCUGAUAGUUUUUUUUUUUUUUCCAAUAUUGAAUGUCAAAAGGUCAUAGUACCGGUAGUUGGUUCAGAUCAGAUUUUAAUCAAAUUAGGCUCAUUUAUAUAAUUAUACAAUAUAUAGUAUGCUUUGAAAUAAUUAAAACAUAGUAAAUAAUGUUCAUACAUGGCUGGCUCCAUGAGUGGGUGAGAUGAAGGAAUCCUGUGUCCUAAUUGGCCACCAGAGCCAAUCAGGAUUAUGUAGUCUGAUUCUUAGAAUAGAGAAAAAAACUCGGCAUAUUUUACAAUAACUAAGCCUCUUUUGUUUGUUUUCACUAUUUUUUGUGUUAUUAUGGUCCUUGACUCCGUCCAGGUCCCUGAUGAAGCUUUGAAAGAACUUAGCCAAUAUUAGUUCAAGUAUGGAUUGGUAUUCAUUUAAAGCAGUAAAGCAGUAUUUUCAGCAUGUACCAUAGAGAUUAUAAACAAAGAGCAUCUUUGGCAACAAAUGGUUAAAUGAAUACAUGACUAAUUUUAGCAGACCAUAAGAUGCUAUGCCUCAGUUAGAACCUAAGUUAUUUGCCUCUUCUAUUUCUUUUUUUUUUUUUUUUAAUUAAGUAAGGUUUUAUAUACUUUUUUAUUCUACUGAGAAUCCUUGAAUGGUCCUAGAUUUUCUCUUUGCUAUGAAACUCUUAACCAGGUGAACAAAGUUUUAUCUAAUUGUAUCUUGUCCACCCAGAGUAACUGUGUUAAAUUUGAAAAAAAAUGAUUGUAUCCAAGUGAAUUUUCCCAUGGAGUUGGUAGAUCUGUUAUAUAUCUUACAGAGGAGUGUAUAAAAUUUUACAUUUAUAAAAACAAAUGAAGGAUUUAAGAUUUGCUCAAGUGAUGAUGAAAAUGGAAUAUUUAGCUGUUGUGAACACAGGCAAGAAGUACUAGAUUUUUUUCAGUUAUUCAACGAGUUGCCUUGGAAAACAAAUACUAUAUUUCCCUUUAUAUGUGACAUAUGCAAGGAAAAAAUGAAAUUUUAUGGUUGCAGAACAUUAUUCAACAGAGUCUCUGUGCACCUGCUUGAAAAAUUUUGAAAACAAAACUUUAGUUAAUGAUAUGAGUUCUAUCAUAUAUUGAGUGACUAUGGCAAGUCAUAUACUGGUAACUUAUGUACUGGAGACAGAGCAAAAUUUUUUGCACAUGAUAAUGAGUAAAAUAUACCCUAUUCAACACAUUAAAAUACAUUUUGCACAUUUAAUUUUGCACAUCAAGAGUAUUAAUUAGAAUGGUAUAAUUAUUAGAAAUCUAAUAAAUAAAAAAUACAUUUCUACUGG